UCAUGUCUAAGUCAGAGUCACCCAAAGAGCCCAAACAGCUGCGGAAGCUCUUCAUCGGAGGUUUGAGCUUUGAAACAACCGAUGAGAGUCUGAGGAGCCAUUUUGAGCAGUGGGGAACGCUCACAGAUUGUGUGGUAAUGAGGGAUCCAAACACCAAACGCUCCAGAGGCUUCGGGUUUGUCACAUAUGCCACUGCAGAGGAGGUGGAUAUGGCCAUGAAUGCAAGGCCACACAAGGUGGAUGGAAGAGUGGUGGAACCAAAGAGGGCCGUCUCAAGAGAAGAUUCUCAAAGACCUGGUGCCCACUUAACUGUGAAAAAGAUUUUUGUUGGUGGCAUUAAAGAAGACACUGAAGAACAUCACCUAAGAGAUUAUUUUGAACAGUAUGGGAAAAUUGAAGUGAUUGAAAUCAUGACAGAUCGAGGCAGUGGCAAAAAGAGAGGCUUUGCUUUCGUAAGCUUUGAUGACCAUGACUCUGUAGACAAGAUUGUCAUUCAGAAAUACCACACUGUGAAUGGCCACAACUGUGAAGUAAGGAAAGCCCUACCAAAGCAAGAGAUGCCUAGUGCCUCAUCCAGCCAAAGAGGUCGAAGUGGUUCUGGAAACUUUGGUGGUGGUCGGGGAGGUGGUUUUGGUGGGAAUGACAACUUUGGUCGUGGAGGAAACUUCAGUGGUCGAGGAAGCAAUUUUGGAGGUGGUGGAAGCGACAAUGAUUUUGGCAGUUACAACAAUCAAUCUUCAAAUUUUGGACCCAUGAAAGGAGGAAACUUUGGAGGCAGAAGUUCUGGCCCUUAUGGUGGUGGAGGCCAGUACUUUGCCAAACCACGAAAUCAAGGUGGCUAUGGCGGUUCCAGCAGCAGCAAUAGCUAUGGCAGUGGCAGAAGGUUUUGAUUACUGCCAGGAAACAAAGCUUAGCAGGAGAAGAGAGCCAGAGAAGUGACAGGGAAGCUACAGGUUACAACAGAUUUGUGAACUCAGC